ACUGCAACCUCAUCUAUGCAGCUGUAAAUGAAUUGCUACAUAGUAGAUUCCUUACCGUUACAUUGCUUGGCUAUUUGUUGUUGUUGGCUGCUAUUCCAUUGCGUCAUGUUCAGCUCGACAUAACGUGAAUUUCUGACGCCUUGGCGCCGAUCUUUCUCAACUUGCCGUGCAUCCACAAUGCUUUGUUUUCCACGGCGCACUCAAUCCGGCGCCAUCUUGUCUCAUCUUCAACUUUAAGACAUGAUUUAGAAGUCCAAUUGCAACAAAGCCCUGGGGAAACAGUUAUUGCUGUCGAGAUGGCUCAUCAUGAAACCUCGCAUCAGCCCGAAUUGCUGAUGGAUAGGGCAUUGAGCGAGGAUAAAGACAUGUCACAAACAACAGAAACAAAAGAGGGCUCGUCUGCCAAUGAGACUCAACCGCCUACGGUAGAGAAUGCAGUGACAGGCUCUACAGCAGUCCCCCAUACCUAUCCCGAAGGCGGACGCGAUGCCUGGCUCGUAGUCUUCGGGGCGUGGUGCGGCUUGACUGCUUCAUUAGGCAUCUACAACACAUCUGGGGUUUUCGAAGUUGUCAUCUCUCAGAUCAUCCUUCCCGAGGAUUCUGCAUCCACCCUCGGUUGGCUCUUCUCCACUUACGCUUUCGUCAACUGGAUCUUGGGAGUGCAAAUAGGACCUACUUUUGACGCCAUGGGCCCCCGGGCCCUGAUCGCGGCCGGUACUGUCUGCACUCUAGUUGGCAUCUUUACACUUAGUGUAUGCACGGAGUACUAUCAGAUUCUCCUCUCCUUCUCCAUCCUGACUGGCAUCGGAUCGUCCCUUCUCCUGACUCCAUCCAUGGGUUGCGUGGCCCACUGGUUCAUGGAACGUCGCGGCCUCGCCAGCGGCAUAGCCUUCAUUGGCGGCGGCUUUGGUGGAGUGCUCUUCCCCCUUAUGAUGCAAUCUCUGCUGCCUCAGGUCGGAUGGGCUUGGUCGAUUCGAAUCUUGGGCUUCGUUCUGAUGGCCCUCUGUGUCGUCAGCAUUACCUUUUGCCGGAGCCGAAUUCCUCCGCGCAAAGGCAAGGCAACUACUUGGCGUGAUACUCUUCCCGACUAUCGCAUCUUCCUUGAUGGGACGGGAGCUAUGGGAGCCACCACUGCCGGGGUGCUGUUAACGGACCUGGCGUAUUUCAUUCCCAUUACUUACACGCCGAGCUACUACAUUGAUCGCCAAGGGCUGUCUUCGGAGGAAUCCCUGAAUGGUUCGGCCGCAUUUGCGUAUCAGCUACUCGCCAUUCUUAACGCCGCUUCCUGUGUCGGCCGAUAUGUGGCUGGCGAUCUAGCCGAUCGGUUUGGAAGAUACAACACCAUGAUUGUCUCUCUUCUCCUUUGCGCAAUCUCCGUCUUGUGUCUGUGGUUGCCUGACAUCAUGGUGCCUGGUCUAGAGAGCGACGGGCUCCUCGUCGCUUUUGUCGUAUUGUUCGGAUUCCAAAGCGGCUCCAACGUCAGCUUGACGCCCAUCUGCCUUGGCCAGCUCUGUGACACGGAGGAAUACGGGCGAUAUUACGCAAGCUGCUUCACAGUGGUGGCGUUUGGCGUGCUAGCAAGCUUGCCUAUCGCCGGCAGCUUGCUCAGCAUCACAGGUGCCAUUGGGAAAGAGAAAUACUGGGGAGCCGCAGUGUUUACCGGGUUGAGCUAUGUGGCUGCCCUCCUUUGCUUCGUGUGGGUGAGGAUCAAGCUCAAGGGCUGGUCAUGGCGGAUUAAGUGGUAAUCGGUAUUGAGUUUCCAAAUACCCACGAAUAUAAAUUAUGUCCAAGUAUAGUAGAGCACUUACUAUACAGCAACUUAAGAACUACUAUAUAAAGGGAGUAACUAUUUAGCACUCCAAGUUCGCUAUUCGG